AUGUUUCAAAUAAGCACCUCGGAGAAGUGCUCGCUCAAGACCAUCGGCUCCUCUAGCCCUGACCUCCACAUUAUAGAGUGUCAGGCGUCCAGAUGCGCCCUGGUCACCUGCACGAAUGAAGCAAUAAUCGGAUCUGAAACUGGGGGGGACGACGAGUUUACUGCCGACAACUACAGUUCUGAUGACAGUGGCAAGCCGAGCGUGGAUACGCAGCUGUUUCAGCAGAGCAACAACCAACCUCAGACAAGCGCAGCAGCGAGACGCCUCGAUCCAAUGUUUAACAUAUCCAGCUACAUGCGACCGUGGGAGAGCCUCGGCACUCUAUCGCCACGAACGACUCGCCGCAGCAUGCUCAGGGCCGAGUUGACUGACUCUCAGAUUGGAACUCGUGCUGGAAAGGCCGCAGGGGGCAUUUACAGGCGAAAACGUAUUGAACCACCGGCACACAUCGCAUGA